AAUUACACAUCAUUACUUUAUGCUGCAUCUCCCAGGGGUGACAAGUGCCGAUCGAAGAAGAACACCAUGGUUACUUCACGGCUAACAAAUGGUCCUGUCGCCGCUACUCAACAAGGCAGCAACUGCCCGCAGUUUUGAACUUGAACUCGCCGGGUUUAGAUCACGAGGAUAGUCCGUGUGUCCAGGCAUUUACCGUGGAAAGACGAAGGCCCUCGCGAUCGCUUUCGCAUCAAUGCCAAAGUGUACCGUUAAUGCGAUUAAUAAUUUUCAGAAUGCAAUCUACGAUCUAGGUCGUUGUUCUCCCAUGACACUCCGCUGAUCAUGUUCAGUCCGUCACCCAAGUCCCAAGGACGCGCCAAGGGCAAAGUGCGGAAAAAAUGGCGGCCGUUCCACGCGACGGACUUUCAAUCCUUGAUGUUUCCCUGCUUCAUUUUCUGCCGCGUACUCGGAGUUUUCCCGUACAAGGUGAACGCCUCGGUCUUCGAGUUUUCCAAAGUGCGCUACAUCGUGUCGACCGUCGUUAUAGCCGUCGUCAGCGUUUACGGGCUGGCGAUACUCUACGAGAUCGACAUUACCGCGCACAUCAAAUACGACAGCAUACCCGGAUCCCUUCAAUGUAACUGCUACUACGUACUCGGCGGCUUCAUAGCGAUCGUCACGUACAUCCUGAGUAAACCGCGGAUGCAUUUGCUCCAGACCACGCUCGAGAUCUCUUCGAGACUGCCCCCGGAAACGUACAAGAAGAUGUCCAGGGUGAUCCACGCCAAGGACAUUAUCGGCUUCUUGUUCCUACUCGGGCAACUGUCGAAUUGUAACUCCGAGACGUAUGGCGAUAUCUUCCUCAAGGUGUUGGCGACGUACCUCACCCUGCUGGUGUUUCAAAUGGAUAUGCUGUACAUGAAUUGCGUUUGUGUACUGAAGGCCUGCUUCAAACGAAUCAACGACAAUCUGGUGAAUCUGCGAGAGCUCGUGGUGGGCGACGAGCCGCAUCUCCUCAGGCGCAUCUAUCACGAGCAGAGAAAUCCGUUUCUGCUGAUGGAGCUGAAAGCCCUGAAGAAGCGACAUUUGAUAGUCAGCGAUACCGUGCAGACGCUAAACGCGAUUUUCAGUCUGCAACUUCUCGCCACCAUAGUCAUGACUUUUGCCGAAAUCACUUUCAGUUUGUACUUCUACAUAGUGCAGUGGCAAGGGGGCGUAGCCAUUAUCGAUCUGCAGAAACAGAUCUGGUACGCGUACUACAUCACGUCCGUAGCGUAUUAUUCUAUAAAAAUUGCGUUUAUAGUGUGGGCCUGCGAUACCGGCAAGGAUCAGGCCCUGCAGAUUGGCACCACCGUUCACGACGUGCUCAUCAGUACUAGCGAUAAGCAAAUCAAAGAUGAGUUGCAGCUGUUCUCCUUGCAAGUAUUGCAUCGCGAAAAUACGUUCUGCGCGAAGGGUCUCGCUGUGGACGCAACGCUUCUCACUGCGAUAGUGGGUAGCAUCACCACAUAUCUAUUAAUUUUAAUACAGUUCUUGGUCACGUCGAACUCUUGCGCAAAACCUGCAGCCAAUAUUACACAAGUAGUCUAAUUAUAUAUAAAAUAAAUGAUGUAAUAAAAAAAA